AUGGUAGUUACAAUCAAAAACUCGGGUAAAACAUAUGAUAUCACAGUGAACGAGCAGGAUAAUGGAUUUGUUUUGAAACAAAAGAUCCAAGAACAAACAUUGAUUCCCCCAGAAAGACAAAAGAUUCUUGUAAAAGGUGGAAAGCUCAACGAUGACACGAUAUUAUCAACACUCGAUUUCAGUAAGCCUAUAAUGGUAUUGGGAACCCCUGAUAAACUUUCCGCACCGGUUGAAAAGCCCAAGUUCCUUGAGGAUUUAGGCAGUGGCGAUGGAAGCGUUAUCAAGGUUGACAAUAACCCAGUGGGUAUUCCCAAUUAUGGAAACACAUGUUACCUCAACUCUAGUUUGCAAAUGCUUUUCCAAAUUGAAGACUUGCGGAAGUUGUUGAAUGAGUUUAAAGGCACAGACAAUUUGACAUUAUCGCUAAAGAGUUUAUUCCAACAAAUGGAGAACAAGCAAGGCACGGUUAAUGUCGCAGUUUUCUUAACAAUUUUUAGAAGUCUUUACCCACAAUUUGCCGAGCAGAGGAAUGGAGUUUUCAGUCAACAGGAUGCCGAGGAGGCAUUCUCUCAGAUUCUCACAACUUUGAAACGUAAUUUAAAGAUUGAUGACUUGUUCAGAAUUGAAUUUAAAACAACUACCAAGUGCUUGGAAGAAGCAGGAGACAGUACCAAUAAUGACAGCAUUAGCGACGUAAAGUAUGAAUUGGAAGAUAGCUUUAAAUUGAAUUGUCAUAUUGAUAUCAAGACCAACUUCCUUCGUGAUGGAAUCCUUGGAGGAUUGACUGAGACAAUCUCAAAACACAAUAGUGCCUUGAACAGGGACUCCGAGUAUCAAGUGUCCAAAGCAAUUACACGUUUACCUAAAUUUUUGGUUGUACAUUUUAUUAGGUUUUUCUGGAGAAGAGAUAUUAACAAGAAAUCCAAAAUCUUAAGAAAAGUGCAGUUCCCAUUUGAGUUGGAUUUGUCGGAUAUGUUGGACGAAUCAGUUAAAGAAGAGAAAAACAAGAAUCGUGACUUGAUUAGAAAGGUGGAAAAGGACAAUUUGGACCUCAAGAGAGAUUUCAAGAAGGCCAAGAUCGAGGCAACGGAAGAUGCAGAGUUGAAGAUUGCUUCAAUCAAGAGCAAAUUUCAAGAUGACUUAAAGAGUGCCAUUCCAGGUGUUGAUUUCGAGACCACAACCGAGAAUCCAUCUUCAGUAUACGAGCUCAAUGCAGUCAUUACCCAUAUGGGUGCUAGUGCUGAUGGUGGCCAUUACAAGGCAUAUGUUAAAGACCCCAAUGACCUCGAAGGUCAAAACUGGUGGCUUUUUAACGACGACAAGGUCAGUUCAGUGUCUCGCGAAAAGAUUGAAACCCUCUCCGGAGGAGGUGAGAGUGAUUCUGCAUUAUUAUUGAUCUAUAAAGGUUUAGGUUUAUAG